UAGAAUCACAGCAUGAAUAAUGUUGCUUACGUGUAAACAGCAAAGGUGAAGUUAUCGUUAACUUGCGAAGAAAGUACAUCCUAAAAGCUUGCCUAAGAAAUUGAGAAAGUGAAGAAAUUCAACGAAGUAUAAAGGCUUCAAUAUGGAUAAUCCCGCGCAAGUAGAGACAAUGCCACGACCGCCAAUGCCACAGCCUGGCUUAAUGCAACAACAGAGCACUAACAACACAACUGUUGUUGUAGUGCAACAACCUCAGCAAGUUGUCCUUCAAGGCCCACGUGAUUGGAGCACUGACUUAUGCGAUUGCUGUGAUGAUUGUAGCGGAUGUUUACUUGGAUGUUUUUGCCCAGUUAUUCACAGGAUAAUUGUAAGUGGCAAAGCUGGUGAAUGCUGUUGUGUUGCUUUGAUGUGUCCAGUUGCUCUGAGAACCAAGAUCAGAACAAAACAUAAUAUUAAAGGAAGUAUCUGGGAAGAUAACUGUGUUUUGUCUAACUGGGGAGCUUGUGCUAUGUGCCAAAUGGAACGUGAAUUAGAUGCUCAUGGCAUUUAGAUUGACGAACUUCCAACUUUUAAAAUGAUUCAAUGUGAUGUAACAACCUGUCUAUACAGCAUUUGUAGCUUGACACUUUUUAGUUUUACGUCUUUUAUCGUUUGUAAUCAUAAUUUCGCAAAAGCACUAUCGCUAAUGCGCAUUUAAUUUAAA